AUGUCCAUAUCGCGUUCUGGUGGUCAAGGGACGAGCGAAGUUGGCAAUGUCGAUUUCCUUAGGAUCUGCGAUGGCCUAUGCUACGACUUAUCGUCUCUACAAGAGCUCGCCUGCCGUGGCGCAUGGAGAUCGGUUCUCGAUAAAGUCGCUCAAGCACGUUCCAAAUCUCUCCUCUCUAAACCUCACGAACAUCUCAUUUAUCUCUCCUACAACGCCAUUGCUCUGACAAAACUCCGCCGUUUCUCUGAAGCAGUCGCCGAGCUCGAUUUGGUGGAAAAAGGCCUCGAUAUUUACAGGUACGAAACUUAUCCACAUCAUUACCCUAAUCGCCAUGGCUCCAUGGCCCCUUUUGUCCUCCGUUGGUUGCACGCUGAACUCCCUUCCAAAUUAGGAAGACGUCAAGAAACUUUAGAUCGAUUCUACUUGUUACUACAGUUCAUUAGGGAAAAAUUAACAAAAAAUUUGCCAAAUGCAUCACGUCAAGUGUGGAGUAAACGAGAAGGUUUGGUGAUUAAUUCGAUAAUCAGUCAUCAAUUAUGUUAUAAAGAGUUCGGAGUGUGUUUGGAUUUGAUGAAAGACUUGAUUAAACGUGAUUCAACUCCUGUAGCUCGAGCAAUUCUGAUGGCGAAGCUAGGGUACAUCCAAAUGCAAUAUGGGGAUCUGGAAGGUGCUAGGGGGACUUUUGGUUUGAUUGAGGGGAUUGUGAAUGAUGGAAAUGGAGAAAUUGAGAUGAAAAAUCUUGUGAAUAGGAAUAAAGCGUUGAUGUUUAUGGUUGAAAAAGACUAUCUAUCUGCUGUGAGGGAGUAUCAGGAGUGCAUAGAUAGAGAUGGAUCAGAUGUUGUUGCUAUUAACAACAAGGCACUUUGCUUGAUGUAUAUGCGUGAUUUGUCUGAUUCCAUUAAGGUGAUGGAGAAUGCUUUGGAGAGAAUCCCUACAGCUGCAUUGAAUGAGAUAUUUGUGGUGAAUUUGUGCAUUGGAUUGCUCGUGUGGCACCUGAUGAUUUUGAUACUUCAAGUACUCGCAUAUGAGGCAUUUUUCAUUUGGAAGAAAUUCAAGAACAUUUGUUCCACUGAAGAAUUGGGGGAUCCAUAAAAGUUUCAUUAAUGUAACUCAUUUGGUUGAUGAAAUUAAAUACAG